AGUUAAUUGCGUGCGGUAGCCGCUAUUGUGAGUGCGGAAGGGGCGCGGCUUGGAUUGGAUGCAGGUUAUUCCAUUUCCUCGGCCAGUAGGCGCCUCUCUACACCUGACUGAAUAGAUCUUCACAAAGUUGCCGAAAUGCUGAGUUUGGGAAGUGGAGGAGGAAAAUCUACAAAGCCGUCUUUUGUCUCUUAUGUCACCCCAGAGGACAUGAAAAUAAAAGAAAAAGAGGAGGGCUUAAGAUCAAAGCAUCCAUAUUUACUGCCAGGUGAAGUGGUGUUCUGCAGUGCGAACCAUGUGCUGAAAUACACCCAGGAGGAUGCGUCGCAGCGCGGCGUGUACGGGACUCUGCUCUGUACCAACUUCAAGAUCGCCUUCAUCAGUGACGAGAGCGCUUCACAAGAGACGGCACCUCCAUUUAGGAAUAAGCUUUUAAGUGAAAAUGAUAUUCCCCUGACGUGUGUGGACCACAUCUACGGAGUGAGUGAUGAAAAGAAAAAGCUGAUAAUAGGAGGUCAAGUGAAAAGCAAGUACCCUUCAAAACUCAUAAUCCAUUGUAAAGAUUUGAGAGUCUUUCACUUCUCGUUGACAUACGCAAAAGAAGAGGAAGCUAAAAAGAUAUUCCAAGGAAUUGUCCACCACAGCCUUGAACCCAAGUCUCUCAAAUGUGUUUUUGCUUUUUCUUACUGUGAAACAGCAUCACCAUCCCAAGCCUCUCGGAAAAGCAGUCUGACUUUAAUGUUUGAAACGAAAGAGGACUGGAGCGUGGAGCUGGGCCGCACUAAAGGGAAUUGCAAAGUGUCGAGUGCCAAUGAGGACUAUGUUAUCUCUGAGAAGCUGCCACAGUUCUUUGUCGUCCCCUUUGCUGUUUCAGACGACGAUAUUUUGAGAUUCCUCGGUAAAGGAAUACCUUUCUGGUGCUGGUCCCAUCACAGUGGCUGUGCUCUUUUUAAAAUGGCUUGUUUACCCACCAUUCAGGAGGAUGGUAUUUCACAGAAAUACAUGCACAGGAUGCUUGAUGCUGUUACCCAGGACCAGCUCUGUCCAGUGAAAAUAGAGGACCUGUCCAGCUGCCUCCCUGCCCUUCAGGACCUCCAGCUGUCAUACAAUAAGUUCAAACAGCUCUUCCUGAUUGAUAGUACUACUGAAUUUUGGGUAUCUGAUAUGAAAUGGUUUUCUUCAUUGGAAAAUUCUGGCUGGCUGGAAAUCAUCAGGCAGUGUCUUAUGAAAGCAGUUGAGAUUGUAGAUUAUCUGGAAAGUGCGCACACCAGUGUAUUGAUCGUAGAGAGCUUCUUUGUCCCUGCUGUUCCAGAGGAGCACUGCUCAGACCUGUGCUGCGUGCUGUCCAGCCUGGUCCAGAUUAUGCUGGAUCCCUAUUACAGAACCCGCUCCGGCUUCCAGAGCCUCAUUCAGAAAGAGUGGGUGGCAGGCGGCCAUAGCUUUCUUGAUCGUUGCAACCAUCUUUACCAGAAGGAAAAGGAGGUGCCGGCUCCGGUGUUCCUGCUGUUCUUGGAGUGUGUCUGGCAGUUACUCCAGCAGCAUGCUCCUGCAUUUCAGUUUUCAGAAACAUACCUGACUGUCCUGUCUGACAGCAUCAACAUUCCUCUCUUCAGCACGUUCCUCUUCAACUCGCAGCACCACAGAGAUACAGCUAUGAAGCCAGGUCACCCCGAAGCACAAAGGAGCCCUUUGAAUUUCCCCUCUGUGUGGGAUUGGUCACUGCAGUUCGAUUGCAAAGCCCAGUCUCUCUUCACUAACCCCCUUUAUGUAGAGAAGCCCAUACAAGACAAAGCCCUGAGGAAAACUUCUCACCAAAAGCACCAGAGACAGCUGUCUUUGCCAAAUACUUUGUCCAAGCCUUCUCCAAGGAAGGGCUUCUUUAAGGAAGAAACAGAUAACCUCAAAAAGAUUUUUUUAGGCAAGAGGAUCAGCAAAUGGCUGAACCCGACGGAGAGCUCCAAGGAGUUGUACGAGUCCUGGCAGAGGAAGCCUCUGGAUUACCAGGGCCUGCUACUGCCCUACCUGGACGGCCCGUCUGUCCGAGUCUGGAUGCAGCGGUACCUGCGCUGGGUUCCUGAGGCCCAGAUCUUCGGAGGUGGUUCAAUCACGACUGUCAACAGAGUCUUGGAGCUGGCCAGCGAGAUCCAGGACCUGCAGAAGGAGGUCGAGAGGCGCUCCUGCAGAAUGAACUCUUCCACUGCGUGGACGCAGGUCUACUCGGGCCCUCCCUUGUCUGCCCGCCUCUCUUCCUUCCCCUUCACUGCCACGCAUGCCUGGUCUUUCAAACCUGCCAUCCCAAGCAGCAUUCGGCAGAGUCUGGGCUCCGUGAGCAGCCUGGCUGACAAGGAGGACGAUGACUGUCAGGGUUCAGGUGUGCUUUGAGACACACAAUCCUGUUGAUUUUCAUUGCCGUGUUUAAGAACGUGUACGAACGAGAGGAGGCUGUUUGGCCCAUUCGAGCUCGUCCUGGUUUCUAGUUGCUGAUUGAAAACAAUCCUUGCGCAUUUGAACUGCAAAGAUCUUCACGUGUAAGAAGAGGAGCAUGAGAAUCCAGAACAGUUCUAGAAUUGGGUGACUAAUCAGUGUUUCCGUUUGUCUUAUAACCCUUCAUAUGGAUGCAUGUCAUAUAAUCAAGUCUGUAGUGUUAAUUGAGCCCUGCAGCCUCAGUCAUUCUUCAUGUCUAGUAAAAUAGGAUUUCUGAGGCAGUGUGCGACAUUCUUGCAUAGUUUACCAUCCUGUACACCAGUUCUGUUUCCCACAGACUCGGGGUUUACAUUGGAUUAUGUUGUAGGCUCCUGCAGGUAGUUUGAAUUGAUACAGGAAACCUUGUGCUUUUAAUCGUUUUAUUUUAAUCACACAAGGACAUUUUUAUGUACAAAAAACCUUAAAAAAAAAAAAAAAAAACUGGGUCAUAAAAAGCUAUUUACCUUUGUUUUUAUAAGAAUAACAGCAGAUUGCUUUUCACACAUUUCACCAAAUAUAAUGCACAAGUAUUUGCACUUCAAUUCUGCACAAUAAUUCUGUCUUACCUUUGGUUGUAUGUACUGUAAAUAAAAAGUCACAUUCUAGUAUGAAACUAACUUCUUGAAAAGGUUGCUUUUGAUACCAUUUUAAAUAGUAACUGAUGCUGGCUUUACAUGUUAAGGUGCAAUCCUAUUUAAUGAAGAAUAAUAAUAAUCUAAACCUUGUUCUACAGUAGAAAUGCCCUGCAGAAAUAGCAUGUAUUAUUUAUUCAGCUGCAGCCUGGUCAUGACUACUAUGAUUAUAAUGAGGAGUUUAUUAUCCUGGCCAGCUAUAUACAGCAGUGUGCACAUGUAUUAGAACACCCCAUUGCUUCUGUAGUUCAGCAGUGUGCACAUGUAUUAGAACACCCCAUUGCUUCUGUAGUUCAGCAGUGUGCACAUUUAUUAGAACACCCCAUUGCUUCUGUAGGUUUGAUUUGUUGUGCACAUGAACACAAACCACUGGAAUAGAAAACCUUGGAAAAUUCUCAAAAUAGACAAAUUAGUGGUUGUCUAAUUUUAAUUGAUGACUUUAAUAGGCCACUCAUGCAAUUUUUUAAAUAGGAAGAGAAAAGAAACACUAAGCCACACAUGGUGAAAUGCAUGAGACUUUUUAGAAGUUUAAUAUGCCUAAUUAAAGCAUAGAGCUGUCUUAACAUUUUCACACAAGUGCCUAUUGUUUCUAUAUUACUUGCAUGAAAUUGAAAUUCUCACACCCACAGGUUUUCAUACAGGUAGAUAUUGUGGUUUGGGGUCUUUUUUUUUAAUUGUUCUGUUAUUGAAACAACAAUACAAAACUAUUAAUGAAAAUGCUUAUCACAUUUAACAAAGUGACCAUAAAAGCAUGUAUUUUAAAUUUGGAUAUGAUAAUAAUGUUUUAAACAAAUUUAAAAUUUGCACUGCCUUUUUUUUUUGAUGAAUCCAUCUAAAACAGAGAGUUGUGAAUAAUGUCAAUGCUGUGCGGUGGUCUAUGCUGCAAGUCCUUACACUGUUCUCUUUCGCAUUGGCUGCUUCAUGUCUUUAAUACUAUUGAUGUAUUCUCUGAGUAAUAAUGCCCUCAAUUCUACAUGUGUAGAGGUUGGGGUGGCAUGUAAACAGAAAUUGUUUCCUUAAACAGUUAAUUAUGGGUCAGUAACCUAAUUAAAAGUUGUAGUAUCCCACAGUCAACUAUAUUCCUUCAUGUCUGUUAACAUAGCCUGCUGUUCAAUGUAUACAAAUAAAUAAAUUCAACUUGAGGCACCUUUUAAAAAUGUGACACUUGCACUCUCGUGCUACGCACACGUCACUUCAUUUAAGCUGCACUGUUUACCAGCCUUUAUGUUCAUUUCUUUAUGUCGUCACUGUGUGUCAAGGAAUGAAAGCCUUAUAUUUCAGAGAGCACUGCAACAGAAAGGGGCCUCUAUGCAGGGUGAACCUGAGUUUUGCUACUGGUUUAUAUAAGCUAUAUAAGAUCAAAUAUCCUAGUGAUUUUUAAUAGAUGUGUGGUGUUUUUUUUAUAUAAAUCUCUCCUAUUCAUGUGUACAACUGUAUUUAAUCACAGUGAUAAACACUGAAAUGUUUUAUAGAACAGCACUGAUGAUGAUAUUAUGUAAAUAAAAAAAUGAGGACCUUGGCUUAGCUUGGUGUGUUAUUGGAUAGUGUAGCGGGUGAAGGAUGUUUUUGUUUUUUUUCAUGUGUACUUUAUGUAAUUACUGUUAAAGAUUCAUUGAUCUAGUUUUCAAUAAAGACACUGAAAACAUGAA